AACCAACCAAGUAACUGUAAACCACCCAUCAUCGCCACGGACAAAGCGCCUGGCCGAUCUUCUCGACGAAAGCCCACGCAACGACGUAAAGAUUGUUCCUUUGUCUCGUUCUUGAUUUUCACCUUUCGCAGUUCCAAGCGAAGCCUCUCCUAAUUUGAAGUUUCAGUUUCACCGCAUUCUUGCUUUUCCCUCCCCACCUUCGCGCCGGACCCGAUGGCAGUGUCGACGGCCAGAGUGCUCGCCGGAGCGUUCCUCCUCCUGGCCCUGUACUGCGGCACCGACCCUUUUCAGCACAGCGCCUUGUCGGGCUUCCCGGACUUCGAGGCCUACAGGGUCGACAUGCCGCCUUGGUCCGAGGUCCCGCCCGAGAGAGAUUCCCGGAACCUGCUGCGGAGGUCGGAGGUCAGGUUCCUGAACCAGAUUCAGGGGCCCGAGAGCAUCGCCUUCGACCCGCUCGGCCGCGGCCCGUACACCGGCGUCGCCGACGGGCGCGUCCUGUUCUGGGACGGCCAGGCCUGGUCGGAUUUCGCCUACACUUCGCCCAAUAGGUCAGAACUAUGUGACCCAAAAUCAUCACCUCGGAGUUAUUUGAAAAAUGAGCACAUCUGCGGCAGGCCUCUGGGUCUUCGUUUCGACAAGAAAACAGGUGAUUUGUACAUUGCAGAUGCAUAUUUUGGGCUAAUGAAGGUGGGUCCAGAAGGUGGUUUGGCAACAUCUCUCACAACUGAAGCUGAAGGAAUACCAUUGAGAUUUACCAAUGAUCUGGACAUUGAUGAAGAAGGAAAUGUGUAUUUUACAGAUAGCAGUAGUGUAUACCAGAGAAGGAACUUUUUGCACUGUUUUUCUGCAGAAAGUAGCGGAAGGCUUUUAAAGUACAACCCUGUCACAAAGGAGACCACAGUUCUUGAGAGGAAUCUCCAAUUUCCAAACGGCGUGUCCUUAAGCAAGGACAGAUCAUUCUUUGUCUUUUGUGAAGGUGCCAUUGGCAGAUUGCGGAAGUACUGGUUGAAAGGUGAGAAGGCAGGGAAUUCAGAAGUGUUUGCUGUCCUACCGGGGUUCCCCGACAAUGUCCGGACGAACAAAGAUGGUGAAUUCUGGGUUGCGGUCCACUGUCGCCGCACCCUAUACACGUAUCUAUGCGCGCACUACCCCAAAAUUAGGAAGUACAUACUCAAGCUCCCUAUUUCGGCGGAAAUACAGUACGUCCUUCACAUCGGGGGCGGACUUCAUGGAGUGGUCAUUAAGUACAGCCAGGAGGGUAAGGUCAUGCGGAUCCUGGAGGACAGCCAGGGCAAGGUCGUGAAGGCAGUCAGCGAAGCAGAGGAGAAGGACGGGAAGCUCUGGAUGGGGAGCGUGCUGAUGCCCUUCAUUGCGGUGUACAACCUGGAUUGAAGCAGAUGCGCUUCUUUUCUCGCAUCGACCUUUUCUAUGACAUGUAGAGGGCAGUAGGAAUGGGGGGAUAGUAGAAGAGAAGCCUUUUUUGGGUUUGUCCUUUGCAUUUUGAUGUUAAUGACAUGGGUUUUGCAGUAUUUUGUGGGAUACAUUAUAACGCAUCAGCUUUUGAAUUGGCUGGAUACUGUCACUUUCGUCUUGUGUUUGCAGGAGAGCAAUCAAAAGGCAAAAAUGGAGAUAGAACCGUGCUCUUUUUGUCUUGUUA